AUGCUUGACGGUCCUUUACAAUUUUUUUUUAUGUUUGGAAUUCUUCAACAUGGAUCUAAAAUGCCUGUCAAUUUAACAUUUCGUCCUCAACUAGAAUAUCGACUUUUCUAUCAUACUAUCGAUACCAUAUAUGAACUGCCGAAUAUGAAACGAAUUGUUAAACGACAAGAAAUCGAAAGUGUUGAGCAGAUCGCUGCAAUCAAUAAAAUUAAGAUUCAUAUAACCAAUAUAAACGUGACAUUAGAUCCGACUAAUAUGACUGAAUCAAAUAUAUUAUUAAAGCGACCUUAUUUCGAUCGUUUAGAAGAAUACCAAGUACCAGGUGAUUUUCGAUCUCGUGAUUUACCAUUUGGCUAUAAAUGGAUGCUGUUUCCGUCGCCUGAAAGUUUGAUGACACCCGAACAGAACUUGUAUGAAGGACAAAAAUGGGCAGUAAAAAUGGCUGGUGAUGCUUUUGAAAUAAAUUAUGAAUUGAAAAAUAUCGAUCAUAAGCAACAUCAAGCAACCAUUGAAGGUCACGAUGGUGUCUGUAGAAAUGGAUUAGAUGGAUACAAACUAUGGAAUGGUACUUGGAUAGUAGAUACUCGUACGGGAAUAAUUAAACGAAGAUAUCUAGAACUUAAUCAUCAAGUUACUGGAUCGAAAAAAAUAACACGUAUGAAGAGUACCAAAGUCUUGGUGCGAGAAGAACCAGAUAAAGACAAGAUUUUUGAUUAUGAAAUCGAUCAUGAUGAUUUAUAA